UCGUCCAUCCUGCCCAAUGCUAGGUGUAUUUCUCAACUUUCUUUGCUAAGAUGAAAAAGACUACAUAAUUCCUUGCUUUAAACAAUCUGACUAUUGGACUAAAUUUGAAAUAAAAAAAAUGCCAAGUCGUCGCCAAAGAUUUGUGGACUCUUCCUCUUCUGAAAACUCUCCUCUACAGAAUCCAUCUAGGAGAAGAUUACCAUCUCCUCCUGCUGGGAUUCUGCGUGGAUCAAGACAUGUCACAAUCAUGGAUCCAUUAUCUAUUACAAGAAGAGUUGAUAGAAUAGCGGACAACUUAGAAGAUACAUCAAGGAAUUUAGAAAGCAUGGAUUCCAGACUUUCAGACUUCAAAGAUGUUCAUGAUGAUUCUAUGUCGGCUUUAUCCAAGUUAAAAAAUGACCUGGAAGGAUCAAUAAACAAAUUAAGAUAUGAAAGAGAAAAGAGAGCAGCAGCUCGUGAAACAAGAAGUCUUCAUCAAAGUGAUUUUACUUCUUCAAGGGGAACACGACCUAGACCAGCGAGUAGUCUUGGCUUUGAAAGAACAUCUAGAACAACAGCUGGACCAUCAGAUCAUCUCAAUGAAUCGGUUCGAGAUUUGAGAGGAAGAGUGUCAGAAUUGGUUGCAAACCAAUCAAGAAUGGAUGAUGAAUUACAAUAUCGUUCUGAAUUGGGAUCGCGAAAAGCAUUAAAAGAAGUUAAUGGAAAUGGACUCGGUGAUUCAGCAGCAGAUCGUGUUGAACGUAGAUUAAAACAAUUAGAAAAUGAGUUGGUCAGUGAAAGAGAGAAUGCAGCUCGAUUUGCUACUGAUGCAACACGGGAUCUUUUAAGAAAAAGUCAAGCAAAGAAUCAAGAUGAUGAAGUUGUUCUUCGCAACCAACUGUUACAAGCUGAAGCAGGGAAGAGAGCAAUGGAAACUGAUAUGGAUUCAAUGAGAAGAAGAUUAGAGCAAUCAGAAGGAGGACGAGAAGCAUUGAUGGGACAGAUUGCUGACCUUCGAAACCAAAUUGCUAAGUCAGAGAAAAGCAAAUUGGAUUUAGAACAACAAGUUCGUGAACAACUUACAGCGCAACAAGUAUUAAGAGAGAAAGAAGCUGAUGAAAGAAGACUAUUAGCUUCAUCACAAAGAUAUAAUGAUGAGAAACGAAAACAAGAAGAAGAAAUUGCAGAUUUAAGAUCUGCUUUGAAACAUUCUGUUGGUGUUGUGCAAUUGGAUGAAAUGAGGAAAAAUCUAGAGAAAAGUGAAAGACAAAGACAGCAAUUGUCUGAUCAUAUUGAAGUUUUAACUAAAGAUUUAGAGAAGAAGGAUCAAUCUCAAGCUAGAAUAUUAAAUCAAUUACAUGAAACACAGCGGACUGUUCAAGAUACUGAACGAGAUAGAGAAAAAUUAUCUACUCAACUUGAAGAUGCUCUCCUGAAGCUUCAAGACUAUGGAAGAGAUACAGAGAAGUAUAUGAAUGAAUUGAAAAAAGUUGAACGUCUCCAUGACGAUGCCGAAAAAGAAAAAGAUGAAUUAAGAAAUCAAGCCCAAGAUACUUUUAGACAGUGGAAGGCAAAAUGUAAGAAAUUGGAAAAAGAAAACGAAAGGCUGCAUGACAAUGUGGAACAACAAGUUUCUAAAAAUGAAGAAUUGGUCAAGGAAAAUCAGACGACUAAAUCACAAAUGAAUGCAGUUUACCAACAAAAUGAAGCUUUGAGGAAGGAAAUGGAUGAUUUAAUUUCAAAACGAGCUGAUUUGGAAGAGAGGUUGCAACGCAGAGACACUGAGAUCUCCAAAUCUGAUGACGAAAUGAGAGAAAUGAAUAAAAAAAUAGAAGAAUCAAAUCAAAUCAUUGCAAGUUUAGAAGAUGAAGUUAGACAAAGAAAUGAUAGAAUCGCAGUUAUAAAAGAAGAUCUUCGAAGAUCUCAAGAAGAAACUAAAGCUAUUCAGUCUUUAUAUGAAACUCUCAAAUCACAAACUACUAAUAUGCAGAAAGAAAUUCGUGAACUCAGUAUUCAAAAAGCUGAACUUACAUCAAAGUUAGAUGCUGAAAAUACAAACAGAAGAACUUGCCAGAAACGAACAGAAGAAGCAGAAAAACAAAUGGAAGCAAUGAGAUUGGAAUUGAGUGCACUUCAUAAACAACUUGAUAUUGAAAGAGAAACUCACAAAAAAGAAAUCAGCAAGUUACGAGCCCAAAUGCAUCAUAAUGAAUCUUUGAACGCGGAUAAUAUGCAGAAACUGAACAAGAAGAUAAGUGAUGAGAGAGAUUUUCUAGAAAGAGAAAUACAUAGGAUUAAUGUGGAAGCAAAUGAGAGCAAAGCCGCUCGAAGAGACGCAGAAAGAAAAAUGUUGAGAUCUCAAGAGGAAUUACAAACGUGUAUGAAGAAAAAUAUCACAUUACAGAAUGAAAUUGAUAAAUUUCGAGAAAAAUAUGUGAAUGCUAAAACACGAUUUGAAGAUAAAAAUGAAGAAGUUUCAAAAACAUCAGCUGAACUUCGAAAGUUAGAAGAUGAUUUGAUAUUUGCGAGAGAUCGUGUUAAAAAAAUGGAACAAGAUUUAGAAGCAGUACAGACUGCUUUGACACAAGAUAUUGAAGACCUAUCAUCAGCAUUACAUCAAGAUGAUACCGCUCUAUUAUUAAGACGUUCAAUGAAUGAUUCUGAUGGAAUUUGUUCACUCAAUGAUGUCCAUACUUGGUUGUCUUCAAUGAGGCAUAAAAUUGGUGUAAUAAAGAAGGAGAUAUAUGACAGAGAAAACGAAAGAGAAAAAUUGAUGGAGAAUAUCAAUGUCAGCAAAACACAGAUGAAAGAAGUUUGUAGAACGAUGGAAGAUGACAGAAGAAUGUUGAUGGCGGAAGCAACUGAACAAAAUAAACUUGUUGAUGUUUUAAGCCGAGAAAAAACAUCUCUUCUUCUUGAGAAUAAAGAAGCUCGCAGAAUUGUUCAAGAAUUAGAGGAUCGUGUUUCUAAUCUCACAAUUGAUGUUGAAACGAGUAAAGCUCGUGCACAAGAAUUCAUUGUUCGUGAACCACCAGUCAAAUUAUCAAAUUCUAGAGAUUCUAAGGAGUCUAUGAAGGAAAGAGAAAGAAUACAAGAAAGAUAUGCAAAGUACAAAAACACAAUAGAAUCCUUACAAAAUGAGUUACGAUCAUCUGGAGAUAACAACAAUAAUAUAAGUAUGAAUGAUACGAAUCUCAGUUCAUCUUCUUUCCGACUUGGUGGUACCUCAGCUCCGUCCCCAAUCAGAAGAGUAACGAUAGCAGAUGCUCCGCCUACUAUCCAUGGCUAUUCAUCUUACUCAAGACCAUUGAGUUCGUCACCAAAACAAGUUCCAGUAAAAGACAGAAGUUGACAUGCAGAUCUUUUCUAAUUCAGAAUCUCAAGUAUUAAAUCCACUUGAAUACCAAUGGAGAUUUAUAUUGACCAUGCUUGGUCUUUUGAGGACAUAAUUUAUAUGCGGUUAACGACAGAUCAUACAUGAUUUAUAUCUGCAUGUCAGAACCAUACUCCUCAAAUAAUUGUGUUAUACAUAAUAUGUUGCUUGGUUAUUUUUUAUCGUGUUUAUUUGAAAUUCUAUAUAUCUGAAGCAGUUUGGAAACGUACAUUACGAAGCUAGCUUAAAUAAUUUUCUCAGAGAUUUUUAAUGUUCUAACCAUUAUUUGUACGUACUCUUAUAUAACUUAUUUGAAUGCCUUUAUUUAAUUAAAAAACCAUCAUUUUGAACAAUUUCAAUUCAAUUUUAUCCACUUAAUUUUUGAAUCAGGUUUCAUCUUUGAUAUUCACAAUGUGUCUUAGUUUUUGAAAUUAGGUAUUUCUGUUGCUGUAUUUAUUUUGUAAAAAAAAAGAUUUUGUGCCAAAAUUGUUACAUAGUAUCCAUAUGCAACUUGUGUGGAACUUUUGCUGCUAAUUUUCUUUGUUAUAACAAUUUUUUUUAUAAUAAGCCGUUUGUGCCUAUUUACUUUAUAAUGAUUUUUUGUUGUCUCGGAUUUUCCAACAAGUAGGCAUUUUUAGAUAUUAGUCCGUGUACAUAUUCGCUCUUCCGUCUGAAUCUCGCACACUUCUAUAUCUUGGUUGUAUGUGGUUGUUCUGGAAAAUAAUUUUUGGUAACGAAUUAUCUGAGACUUAAACUUGAAACCUCACGCAUUCAGUACCCCUAAUAAUCAGUACCCCUAAUGAAAAAUCAAGAAUAAAGUUAUCAAUGGAGUUAAUAGUAAAAUUUUUUUGAAAAAAUUCUAUUCCAGAUUUUGAAAAAUUUAGUUUGCAGUUUCAAAGGGGAAAUAUUACAUUAUGCUGAAACAUAUAUAUAUAUAAAAGUGCUAUUCAGAUUAACAUAUUUCAACCAAGUGAAAUAGAGUUUUUUCCACAAAUCUCUGUUACAUAAUGAAUAAUAAUGUUAAACUAAUUUUUUCACUAUUUUCAACAAUUCUCAUUACACAAUUUGUAAUAAAUUCAUCUUUCAUUUUUAUUAUCUCCUAUAUAAUAAUUCAUUGUGAUUUUAGGAAAAGUAGUUGAAAAUUUUUUUUACCUAUAGAAAAUUUUUAGAUGUUAUAUUAUUAUCCAUCACCAGUCAACAUUGUGUUUUAAUACGCUUCCUUUAUAUAUGCUCAAUUGUUUUUCUUCAUCUUGUCAUUAUAUAAUGGUCCACAUCUUAUUUGAUAUCAUGAACACUAUCUGUGAUUUUGAAUUGGUCUUGGAUUCAGAACCACACUCAUGUAUUAGCUAUGGUAAUUUUCAUUGUUAAUUUCUGGUCUUUAUAAUACUUAAAUAUGAGCUGAUGAAUUUGUUUUAGAAAACCGUUUAAUAAUAUUUUGCAACCAGAUAAAAUUGAAUGCGAUAUCUUAGCAAUGUUGUCCUGCUUUAACUCAAUGUGUUAUAUCUUAUAUGAAGCUUGUAUACUAAGAAUGAUAAUAAGGGGUAAUUACUAAUUAGUUACUUAUAAUUUGUUUUUUACACUGUAGUUUUGUAUUUUGCUACAUUGUGCCUUCAACAUAUUUUUAUCAUUUGUGCUUUUGGUCAUAGAUUGUGAUAUUUUUCCAGAGUUAAAAACAAUAUAUAUUCAGAACAAAGAUAUAAUA